AUGUCUUCGUAUUACCACAGGUUCUCCUCUGGGGACCUUUCUUCCGAGUUGGACGAUGAAGAAACGGCGCUUAGGAGGCAAGAAGUUAUUACCCAACAGCCCAACGAGACCCAGGACGAGGGUGAGAGGCAGCAAGCAACGACCAACAUAGCAAAAUCGCCUCAAAACACGCCUCAGCCACAGGGUCAGCCUCAGGCUGCUCAGGCUCAGGCUCAGGCUCAGGCUCAGCCGACGGCUGCACAGAGCCGACCUCAGGGCCAGGCGCCUGCGCCAAUCAAGGCUCAGCCCAAGGCUCAGUCUCAACAGGCGAGGCCUAACCAGGUGAGCAGCAACAGCAGCAGCGUCGUUGGCGGAGGGGGAGGUGGUGGGGGCGGAGGGACCCAGUAUGCUUCCAGCGAGACCUCGGCCCCUGCUGCUCCUGCCCAGGGUAGUGGAGGGGGAGGCUUCAGCCUCAACUUCCCCAGGCCUGGUUCAAGGACGACCUCGGCGCCAUCCUCGCCCUCCAAGACUCGAGAAAGCUUCCUACAGGUAAGGAGUGAGAGUGGGGAAGGAGGGGAGGGACGAAGUGAUAACGAAAGAUGAAUAGCUGGUGUGGAAAGAAUGAUGAGCGAUUAUUCAAUAAGGAGAAUGACGAGAUUAAGAGUCAUUCAGAGAAGAUUAAGUGGUAUGAUUAAUCUCAGUGGUGACUGAAGGAAAAAUGUAGAAUGAUGACCCGGUCUGAAAAGAAUGAUGAGAUGUGAAUAAUGAAGUAUAUAAUAUAAUAAUUCCGAGAGGAAUAAGUGAUGUGAUUAAUCGUAAUGAUUAAUGAAAAGAUAAAUUUUGACAAAAUUUGAUCGAUGUUCUAAGUUACUGGUUUGAUUAUUACCACGAAAUCUGGCUUAGGAUCGAGUUAACGGACUAAACCUAUUGUCAAUUUCCUUAACGUUCAAAUCGAAAAAAUGAUGAAUCAUUUGCUUCUGAUAUCACUAACCGGUAGAAUGUAGUUUUAUAAACCAUUCAGAAUGACUGGAGAAUUAAAAUGAUUGAGAGUUAGAGAGAAUAAUUGAAAUGAGACAAAAUAAUCAACGGUGUAUUUCAAGUAUUUGAACUUACUCUUCGUAAGUUCAAAUACGUAAGAAACUUCCUUCGGUGUAUUGGAAACAAUUAAUUUGAUAAUGAAAUAGGGUAAAAGAAUGAGUGAAGUAAACAUGGAAGUAGGGGAUGAGCAGAACAAAGGUUAAUCAUGAGAACUACGUACAUCCUGUAAUUUUACUAACUUAGAUAUUUGUUCAUAAUAAAUAAAUGAUAAAUGAGAAACACAUACGAUCAAUUAAAAAUAGAACAUAGACAGCGGGUAGAACAAUGAUGAUG